GAUUCAGGGCGGACGCUCUCUUUUCAGCAGGGACCAAGGGUCUAGUUUUCAACAUUUAUCGACCAUAAGCGUAAUCAAAAUGGAAAUGUGAAGAUCUGAUAGCUGUAACUAAGCUGCAGAGCUAUUCUUUUCUUGCACGUCUGCGGGUUUUGUGCAAGGAUGAGGGAUCUUCAAGCCAUUGACAGCCUGCUCCUGAAAGAGUUGAAGUCAUGUCGUGCAAAAGAGUACAACUUCAUUCCCAGAGAGACUGGCCUGAAGCUGAUGGAGUCAGCAUCCACAGAGAAUCACACUGGAGUGUCUGCGAAAUGCAGGGACACCCGAGUGGAAGAACUGUGGGGCCUCACCAGUUUCUUUGGCUACAGCACUCAAACAUUUGUUCAAGCUGUCAAUUUGCUUGAUAGAUUCCUCACUAUUAUGAAGGUGCAGCCCAAACACUUGCCCUGUAUUGGCGUCUGCUGUCUUCACAUUGCUGCAAAAAUGGUCGAGGAAGAGAACAAUGUCUCACCCACCCAGGAACUCAUUCGCAUCAGCCAAAGCAAGUUCACUGUGUCAGACCUGUGUCGCAUGGAGAAGAUCAUCUCAGAGAAGCUCAGUGUGGAGCCCGACGCAGUCACCGCUUUCACCUUUCUCCACCUCUACUACCCAGCCUUCACAUUCCUGUCCAGUGGAAGGGAGGAGAUCCCAAGCAUUGGGAGACUGGAAGCCCAGCUCAAAGCCUGCUUAUGCCGGCUUGUUUUCUCUAAAGCAAAACCGUCAGUGCUGGCACUGUCCCUCAUUGCUCAGGAGUUUGAAGCCCUCCAGUCCAACACCUUAUCGAAGAUUGUACAGCAAUUCCAAAGACACCUAAAGAUCAGCGAUAGCGAGCUUCUCCACUGGAAGGAACUUGUGGCCAAAUGCAUGACUGAAUACUGCUCAAGCGAAUGUAACAAACCAGACAACAAAAAGCUAGUUUGGAUCGUUUCCAGGAGAACAGCCCAAAAUCUUCAGGCCAAUCACUUCAGUGUGCCCGGCCUGCCAACUAUUCCUGAGGGGAGCUGGGACGAGAGUGAGAGUGAGGACUCCUGUGAGGACAUGAGCUGUGGAGAGGAAAGCCCAUGCGGCUCGCCAGGGAGCGACGGCGAGGGAGCCUUCUUCCCCUCCACCUUUCUCAACCGCAAAAAGUGACGUGUCCUCAAUGUGCAGCAGCGACAGAUGUAUGUUUGUCCCCUAAACUGUCUUUAAGGUAGUCACCAUGUUUCUGAGCAACCCUGUGUUUCACUUGUUACCACCGUAGGUACGACAAGUGGCGGGUUUUAAUCAUUAAGUGCCUGUGUUGAUUCAGUUUACUGUCUGGUUUUAAACGUUUAAAAUGAAUACAUAUCGUAUUAAUGCAAACUGGAAAAUUGCAAUAUCUUGGCAGCUUGAUGAUAAUGCAUCUGAAUUUCCUUUUCUGAGAUGUUCUCUUUGUGUUUGUUUGUGUCCGAGCUCGGCACAUUCAAGGGAAAUCAGUGAAGCACAAGGGAUAACUUGUCAGUCAUGAGGUACACUCACUGUUGAAUACCAGCUAACACACUAGCACAUCCUCCAUCUUUUUUCAAAACCUGUUUUGCUACUCAAUAUCUACAUAUAAACAGUAUUCGGCUAGAAUAUGUUUGACGUAAUUACACAAUCCUAAUGUGACUGUUAAUGCAUGGAUACAUUGAAAUAUGUGAUUUUUGAAUGGAUGUUGUUCAUGUUUACCAAAAUAAGCUUAUUGUAAAGAAAAAUGUAAAAACAAAAAAAUGUAUAUAAACUGUAAAAAAGAAAGAAGAAAAAAAUAUUAUGUUUUGUGAACUCUGCAUAAUGUGUGUUGUAUUUGGAUAUAACGUGGAAGAUGUUGGAAGGGUCAGAAAUAAUCCUUCCAAAUAAA